AUGGCAGAGAAUGAUCCGGUCCAAAAUGUCAGCAGUGCGGAGGCUGAGAAACACUGGUCUCGUGAAGCCCCGCGCAGGAGAAAGCGGAAGAUGUGCUGUCGCUGUAGCAGCACAGCCCCUCAGCCUCUGUUUCCCCCUCGGUGGCCCACGGAUGAGCAGCCGGAGCUCCCGACCCGCGAGGGCCCCCCGCGCUCCAAACCGGAGCUGUGCGUGGUGGUCCCGGCCUCCGUGUCAGCCCGGCUCCUGCUUACUGCGGGCGCAGAAAUGCAAGUGAAUUUGCUCGCUGGGAAACGGCCGCCUUGUGAAAAUUCUCUACUUAAAAGCAGAACCAGUGGAUGGAACAAACAGCCUCCUGUGCAGGAAAGACACACGGUUUUUCUCCAACAGGACGGGAAGACAGCAGAAGAGCUCGCUAAAUCAGAACAACACGAACAUGUAGUAGGUCUGCUUGCAAGACUCCGAAAGGACGCUCACCAGGGACUCUUCAUCCAGCAGCUGCGACCCACGCAGAACCUCCAAUCCAGGAUCAAACUGAAGCUGUUUGGCCACUCGGGCUCCGGGAAAACCACGCUGGUGGAAUCGCUCAAUUGUGGGCUGCUGAGAAGCUUCUUCCGGAGACGCCGGCCCAGACUGUCCUCCGCCAGCUCCACCAGGUUCCCGCCCUCCCCGCUGGCGUCCAAGCCCGCAGGCGAGAAGCGCAGGGUGGCCUUGUGGAUGCCUGAGAAGCACCCACAGGAAGCAUGACGGAAUUGUACCACUUGAGAUGCUAUUUCUCCUAAGUGCUCUGGAGUGAGGGAAUUCCAUUUUGCACAGGAAGGACUCCCAUGCACGGACUCCCACUGUAUCCCUCAUAAACAGACAACAUGUGAGUGCCUUUGCAGAAGAGGGUGUGUCUGAGAGCAGCCGGGUCAGCCAGGAGCUGUCGCCAGGAGACGCCCCCUCUCUGUCCCUUGCUGUCUGCUGAUCACCGCUGGAGGUGCUGCGUUCUGAGCUGGUUUGUCCCCCAGUAGUUUUUGUGUUUCACUUGGCAAGGAAAGGGGAGGAAGGAACCCUCUUCUGGAGUCAUUUCACGACCGGCGCUGUUUCCACGGAAAGACGUGUCUUUGUUGCUCUUGUUGAAACGUCGACGUGCGGGUCCACACGGCACCUGCCCACGGUCCCCCCGCCUCAUUCCCGCACAUCUCAGGUAGAAGGUGACACAGCUGCAGGUGAGGAAGGCCUGUGGGAGAACUCGGAAGACCCCUGCCCCGUGGCGUGUGGCAGUCUGUUGUCAUCGGUGCACAGCGGACGAUUUUCACAUCUAGCUCCUGGUUCCAUAACUUCGUGUACUUGAAGUCCAACAAGAUGAAGAAAGUAAGUUUCCUUGCAGUGAUUUUUAAAUUGUGAUGGAGUUUUAAGUUGAUAUGAGGGAACGUGUCCUAAUUCUUCUGUCCUGGGAAGCAUGUAAUUUUAAUGUUCCAUUCCAUGUGUGUAUAUGUGUAUAUAUAUAUAAAUAUGCAGUAUGUAUAUACAUAUAUAUGAAUACAGGUAUUUUUACUUAAUCUAUAAAAUGUAGUAAAAAGAUGUUGGUUUCUCACUUCUGUUCUCUUUUUUUUCUUUUCCCUCUUUUUAGUAUAAAUAAACUAUUGCUUGUUGCAUUCGA